GCAUCACGACAACAUCUCUUCGUCUCUCCAUUUAAGAUUUCCAAGGCGAAACGAGUUAAUCGGAAAAUUUAAUUAGUUUAUCUGCUCCGUUGUCAAUGGCAAUCCCACACACUCAGUUUGCUUCGUCCGAUCUGGUAGUAAGAAAGCGGCGACCAUCAGGCUAAGUCGCAAGUUUCUAGAUUCUGGCUCGAUCUCGUGAUCCUUAGAAUUGGUACCAUUUGUGAAGAUGUUGUCCGUGCGUGUAAUGUUACUGGGAGUGAUCCUGAUUAUGAUCUCCAGUUUAGACUUUCAUGGGUUCGGUUCAUUAAGUGUAGUGGCAAGAAGCAUUGAAAAACGUGCAAUCCCCCAAUUGAUGGAUUAUGACCAAUCGAGUUAUCAACAAGAACAACCACCGCAAAGAGAACAUCGAACACAUAUUGUGAAAAUACAUUCAAGGAAGAAUCAAAGGAGCAAUGAUCCCGUCCUGGGUGAUGUGACCAAUUUCCAAGGUAUCGGUGAUGAUCAUAAUGCAUUUGGUGGGCCAAAAUACGCAGGACAGUACUAUCCUCUGAUGACAGAACAAGGCCACCAACAGCGUUCCAGUAACUUCAGUUUUGGCAACCUCCUUUCCGGGCUGGCAUUAUGGAACCUGGCCAAUGAAUUCAACAUGUACAGCAGUCAGGACCCUCAUCAACUGGUCCCAAAUACAAGACAUAACGAACCAACAAAAGGCCAUCACCAUAAUCACCAGCAGAAAAAUGAUAGUGUCGAGAGUUCAUGAAAGUCAUAAGUUCAAAGUCUAGUAAGAGAUAAUCAUUUUUAUAAAGUGAUCGACAUCCGCCACUUAGUGUAUCAUCUACGCGACAUAUAUACAUUUACACAUUCGUUAUCACCCAUUUAAUUAGGACAAAUUAAGUACAAGAAUUGUGAGCUAGUGUUCUGUUGAUAUUGGUGUUGUUAUCGCUUUAAAAUUGCAAAAAGAUGACUGAUUUCAUCAGUGGAUAGGAGAUCAGUGUUUGGAUUUUAUGUUAGUAUUCGUCUGCGUUAAAUGUAGAUAUGUAUGAAUGUGCUAUAAAUUAGACCCAUUGCUUUUAAGUGUAUUUUAUAUGUACCUAUUUGUGAUAAUUUAGAACUUAAAUCUAAUAAAAAACAUAUUUUCACGAAUUAAAACCAAAAAAA